AUGGACACACAAUUGAAGCUCAAAGAGGAGAAAAGAAAGCAGCUUCAGAAACCAAAACAAAAGAAAGACACUGUGACACAAAGAGAAGAAGAAGACUUUGACGACAGCAAUGACAAAAAUGAGGAGAAGGAGGAGGAGGAGGAUAUUGACGAGAAUAUACAAUUGGGAAAGCAGGAGGAUAUUGACGAGAAUAUACAAUUGGGAAAGCAGGAGGAUAUUGACGAGAAUAUACAAUUGGGAAAGCAGGAGGAUAUUGACGAGAAUAUACAAUUGGGAAAGCAGGAGGAUAUUGACGAGAAUAUACAAUUGGGAAAGCAGGAGGAUAUUGACGAGAAUAUACAAUUGGGAAAGCAGGAGGAUAUUGACGAGAAUAUACAAUUGGGAAAGCAGGAGGAUAUUGACGAGAAUAUACAAUUGGGAAAGCAGUAG